UAACGCCAUCGAGACAGAACAUCAGUAUGAUUUCAUUCUGAAAGUAGAGGGAAACAAAGGGAUUUCAAACAACCACAAUUCAUAGCGGGAGAUCAAAGAUCAACAGCGUCAAGGUUGCAAGUGUUACCGCUCUCGGAGGAGCAGCAGGAAUGAGGCCUUGCAACGCGCUGAUUCCAGCGUCUGCUGCGCUCUUGUUCUUUCUCUCCUGGCUGUCACUGACCGCUGCCUGCAAUAAAGCGCUCUGUGCCAGCGAUGUCAGCAAGUGCCUUAUUCAGGAGCUGUGCCAGUGCAGGCCGUCGGAUGGGAACUGCUCCUGCUGUAAGGAGUGCAUGCUGUGCUUGGGCACGCUGUGGGAGGAGUGCUGCGACUGUGUGGGGAUGUGCAAUCCGAAGAACUACAGUGACACGCCAGCCACCUCCAAGAGCACGGUGGAGGAGCUCCACCGCCCCAUCCCAUCCCUCUUCCGUGCCCUCACCGAGGGCGACGCGCCCAUCAACAUGAUGGUGGUCUCCUUCCCCGUGGCUGAGGAGCUCUCCCAUCACGAGAGCGUGGUCUCCUUCCUGGAGACGCACGACGACCAGCACCAGAACGUCUCGCUGCCCGGCAACAGCAUCCACGCCCGCUAUGAUAGCACCCGAGAUAACCUCUGCACAGUGGUGUACUUUGACGACUGCGUAUCAAUCCGCCAGUGCAAGCUGUACUGUGAGUCUAUGGGUGGCUCCAAGUAUCGCUGGUUCCACAACGCCUGCUGCGAGUGCAUCGGGCCCGAAUGCCUGGACUACGGCAGCAAGGCUGUCAAGUGCAUGAACUGCCUCUUCUGAGGCACUCGGACUGGUUCUCCUGGAGAGCGCCAUACAAUGGGCCGCACUAGGGGAUGCUGUGAUCUGACUCUGGAGAAGCGGACAGUGGGUGUUGCCGAGACAGAUGGACCAUUGUUGACAUGCAUAGCGUGCUUCAAUAUUGCAAUGUAAAGUAUUUGCCCUCACCAAAUUGUUUUAUAUUUUUUGUGUAUUACUGUAUAUUUUAGGUAUUUUUAUAGGUUUCCACCAGAGAUGUAUAUGGAUAGUGUUUUUCUUCAGAAAUCUACUCUUACAUAGC